AUGAAAAAAAAUCAGUACAGUGUAUUCUCUCCUCUCCAUUAUGCCGUUUCAAUAAAUAGUAUGAAAAUGGCAAAACUUCUUAUUUUACAUGGUGCCGAUGUUAAUAUUACAGACUCUUCAGCAUGUACUCCUCUUCAUUUAGCUGCUCAAAAUAAUUAUAAAGAAAUGGCAAGUUUUCUUAUUAAGAGUGGAGCUGACAUCAAUGCAAAAGAUAAGAAUGGACAAAGUCCUCUUCACUAUGGUGUACCAAACAAAUACAGAGUAUUAACAAAAUUUCUUAUUUCUAAUGGAGCUGAUGUUAAUUCACGGGAUAACCUAGGAAGAUCUGUAUUUCAUAUUGCAGCUGAAAAUAAAAGUGUAGCAAUGAUAAAGCAUUUUAAAUCUCUAGGAGGAGAUAUCAAUUCACAAGAUAAUCAAGGUCAAACUCCUCUUCACUAUGCUAUUAAAAAUAUGCGUACGAUGUAG